AGCAGCGCUCCGGGAGCCUUGCAGCAGCGUCUCUCCAGUUAGAGCGGAGGGGGGAGAGAAGAAAGAGGAGACUAAGACAGAGGUGCAGGCAUCUGUGCCGCGGCUCGGGGCUGAGGAAGAGGAGCGGCGGCGGCGGCAGGGAGGAAGAAGAGGCGAGGAGCCCUCCCGGAGCCGUCCGUCGGCAGCGGGGGACGCGACAUGCGGUUGUCCGGAGGCAGUGGGCUUUUCUCAGGAGGGAGAUGGGGAGCUGCGAUCUGACCAUGCCUGGGUGAGAGGGGCAAAGGACCAGUCGCGCAGCCCUGCCACCACCAACUAUCACCACUACCACCACCACCAUCUCCUCUCCCUCCUCCUCUCUCUGCGUUAUUGCUCUUAUCUUCUCCACGGCACUCCGCGUUGGAUGGACUGGGGCUGCUUCUUGUAGUGAGACCAAGGUAGAGCCACCGGCGAAAAUCAACAUUAUCUCAGAGGAAGAACAAGAAGGAAGAAAGAAAGAAGAGGGAGAAAAAGAGAGGGAGGAGAGUGGAAGAGGGAGAGAGCGAAAGAGCGAGAGAGAGAAGGGAAGGCAGACAAGAAAAUCCCCCCAAUCUUUUAAGUCAAUGCAUAUUGUGGUGACACUGGCAAAGGAGCCCUCACGGUGGAGUCGGCCAGGGCUGUGCGUUCCCAAAAUAUGACCAGGGGUGCUUGGAUGUGUAGUCGGCAGUAUGAUGACGGCUUAAAAAUCUGGUUCGCACCCCGGGAGAACGAGAAACCCUUCACGGAUUCAGAGAGGGCUCAGAAAUGGCGACUGUCCCUGGCAUCGCUCUUGUUUUUCACGGUCCUGCUCUCUGAUCACUUGUGGUUCUGCGCCGAGGCCAAAUUCACGGGGACCGGAGAGAAGGAGCAGCCGCCGCCCGAGAAGCCGGAGCCCGCGGAGCCGGAGCUGCUGGCGGGCAUGGGGGAGCCGGCGCCCCCCGCGCCCCGGCUCCUCGCCCCCCCCUCGCCCUCCCUCCCGCCCUCCCCCGGCAGCAGCGGUGGCGGCAGCCGCGGCAGCCGCAACAACGGCACCGAGCCCCGGCACGGCAAAGCUGCUUUCCUAGGGAACUCCACCACCAGGCCCCUGGAGACGUGUCCCCCCCCGGGGUCCUCGUCCGGGCAGUGCUUCAGCGUGGGGGACGCGGAGGCGGUGUGCCGGCCGCGCAGGGGGUCGGGGCCGCCGCCGGGCGCGGGGCAGAGCCCGGCGCCCGGCUGGGACCUGACGGAUUUUUACCUUUCCUUUUGUAAUUCCUACACACUUUGGGAGUUGUUUGCCGGGUUGUCCAAUCCGGACACUUUGAACUGCAGUCUGGAUGUGGUGCUGAGGGGGGAAGGCUCCUGCAGCCAGUGCGUCCAGGCUUACCAGCGCUACGACCAGCACGCUCAGGAGAAAUACGAAGAGUUUGAGGUUAUGCUCCAGAAAUAUUUACAGUCGGAUGAGUACUCGGUGAAAUCGUGUCCUGAGGAUUGUAAGAUUGUCUACAAAGCCUGGCUGUGUUCCCAGUAUUUUGAAGUCACACAGUUUCACUGCAACAACAGAAUUCCUUGCAAGCAAUACUGUUUGGAGGUUCAAACGAGGUGUCCCUUUAUAUUACCAGACAACGAUGAUGUCAUCUACGGAGGACUAUCAAGUUUCAUCUGUACAGGGCUCUAUGAAAACUAUCCAACCAAUGCAGAACCAGAAUGCUGUGAUGUCAGAUGGGGACUAUUAUCAGAUCAUCAAUCCAAAGGGACUAUAAAAACAAGUGGCUCAACAAUGUGUCACAGGACAUCGCUCACAGUUUCAUCAGCAUCAAGACUGUGUAACAGCAGACUUAAACUGUGUGUUCUUGUAUUAAUUCUCUUACAUACAGUACUUACAGUCUCAGCAGCACAGAACUCAACAGGACUGGGCUUUGGAGGCAUAACAACUUUGGAAGAUAAUUCAACCAAUGAGGAAUAAAAGAAAGGAUUCAUUUUACAUGAUAGAAACACAACAGGCCCAAAUGACUACAGUCAAAAACAGCAAAGACUGAGUGCUUUACCCUCAGAUCUCUUCUUGAAUGACCUUUUGGAUAAAAUGAAAAGGAUGGGCCACUACCCAAACAAGGACACAUGAACACAGCUUUUUAUUGACUAAAAGGCUGUUUGGUGACUUAAAUUUCUCACACCAUUUUAUACACUGUGUUUUAAUGUUUGGAGUUUCUUUUUUUGUUUGUUUUUUUGCACUUGUUAAUACAGGAUUUUAUUUUUGGGACGGUUUAUCAAAGCUAAAUUAAGUCUUUUCUCUGUCAAUAUCUUUCUAGUCAUUGUGUGUGUUCAUCUGAUAGUUCUGUCUUUUAUGU